AUGGGUUCUGGCCAGGCUCCGUUCUGGGCUCGUCAGAAUGGCGCCCUGGCUGGCCCGUGCCCGGAUGUCCGCUGCCUGAGGCUCCGCCCUGUCCCCGUCUUGCAUCCUUCCGGCUCCGUCGUGGAAGGAGGACUGCGCCUCGUCUUCCUGAAGGUGGGGUUCGGGGAAGGCCAGCCCGCGGUCACGCCGGCUGUGGGAAGGGAAAGUGGGCUCCCCGGGCGACUGUUUCCGGGUGCUCGGGGCGUGGGCCGACCGGGGAUCGGACCGGGGAUCAGGAGGGCUUCCGGGAGCGCCGCGGGCGCUCGGCAGGCGGGAGUUGAGGACCAGGCCGGCCGCGCGGUGGACUCGCCCCGCGGAGGCCGCCCCGCGAGCGCGCCUGUGGGGGUUUCCAUGGUGACCGUAAACAAGCCUCAACUGCCUCAGCUACAACUGCCAAGGCCGCCAGCGGGGCUUGCUGGCGCCUGGGCCCGCCGGGCGUGGGGCUCGGACUGCGAGAGGAGGGGUCCGAGGUCGGAGCCAGGCAGAGCCGGCCCACGGAGCCGGGGACCGCGUGGCUGCGGCUUGGGGUCGGGGGGACGGGGACUGAAGCCGGGAGUCGGUUCCACCGGGCCAGGCUCGGAGGCCCGGACCCCAGCCCCGGCGCAGCUCGCACGAAGUCGAGGUGGUGGCGGCCUCGGCCGGGCACUCGGGGCUGAGGCUGGAGCGCUCCUCGCCCACCGCGGGCGGCGCUCUUUCGCCCGUCGGUCCGUCCUCCGGGCAGGCCCGGGCGCUAGUUGUAGUUUUGUGAGAGGAGAGCGGGCGCUCACGUGGCCCGAGGCUCCCCGAGUUUCCCAAGACUGGGCGGGACGACUCCGCCCACCUCCCACGCCUGGCCCGGCCCGAGGCGACCGCCCUGCUUCCUCCUCGUGGCGGCCGGGGAGUGCGGAGCGCAGGUCUGCUUGCGUCCCGGACCCUGGAGGUGGCGUGUUCGCAUUCGGGGGUGCGGAGUCCUUGCUGAGGUUGCGAACAAAAAGAAGAUGCACCUGGACUUUCCCCGGAGCCCUCUGCGUUUUUAAGGCGUCGGGUGGAGUUUGGGUUCGUAAGCCGCGUUCCUUAUUGAAAAAAUAGAAGUCACUUCUACCUUCCUCCCCUGGAAAACUUGUUAUCUUCCAUUAAGUGUUUCCUAAAGAAGGCAUCUGUGGUGGUUCUUUAAGGUA